AUGUCGACAGCAGCGCCCGCAGCCUCCGCUACGAACAGCGCGAUUCCAGCGCAGAAGGAGUUUUCUUUACCACCCUCAACAGAUACAGUUUCCGUACCGGUCAAUCGCAAGAAGCAGAAGCGCAGACAAAAGCAGGCAGCUCGUCUGGCCGCCGAGCGUCAGUCGAAUGGACAUAUAUCUCCAGACGCGGCGACGCAAAACGGUUCCAGUCCCGCCGCCGAUCCGGAAGGCUAUCAUUCUGACGAGUUUGGCGAUGUUGAUCAAGAACAGCUCUCGAACGGAGAUGCGAACCACAAGGAUGACCAGGACUCGGUGGACGCGCACGAUGACUACCAAUAUCCAGGCAACGGCUCGGAAGGGCUUCAGAAACCGACCGGACGCAAAUCGAAGAAGAAGAAAGGGAAAAAAGGACCCAAUGGUACCCAUGCGCCAGAAGACGAGACUGCGACUCAUGCGUCCACCCCUUCCGUCUCCAUGUCACAUCCUCUUCCGCCGACUCUACCUUCCCAUCUCGGUCCUCGUCCUAUUUUAAAACCCGCCAAAACUCGCAGUAUAUGGAAUACAUCGACGCAAGAGGAGCGUGAGAACAUCAAAACGUUCUGGCUUGAGCUUGGAGAGGAAGAGCGACGGCAGCUUGUCAAGGUGGAAAAGGAUGCAGUCUUGAAGAAAAUGAAGGAGCAGCAGAGACAUUCGUGCAGUUGUACGGUGUGUGGGCGAAAGCGGACCGCCAUCGAGGAGGAACUUGAAGUACUCUACGACGCUUAUUACGAAGAACUCGAACAAUACGCCAAUCACAACCAAGGCUCUUUCGAGAAGGGUCCCCCGAUUGUCCCGCCUCCACGCUUGUAUCAGCCUCCUUUACGAUCGCCCGGACAGCAUACACGAACGCAAGGCCAAUUCCACCCUUCCAGAGGCCGUAUCCAUGAGGUGCCAGAAGAAGAAGACGAUGAUGAUCUGGAGGAGGAUUACGACGAAGAUGAGGAGGAUGAUGAACCCUAUAGUGACGAAGACUCGGACGAUGAAGAUGAUGAGGCUCGCGCGGCUCGCGCAGACUUUUUCGCCUUCGGCAAUAGUUUGACGGUUAAAGAUGGCAUUCUUACGGUCGCAGACGAUCUUUUGAAGAAUGACGGCAAACAUUUUAUUGACAUGAUGGAGCAACUGGCCGAGCGUCGAAUGCAACGCGAAGAGGACACUCAGUAUGGCAUCGCUGCUGCGCAUCAAUCACUCCAUAGUGGCCACAACCAUGGUCCGUUCGACGAAGAGGAUUACGACGAGGAAGAAGAUGAAGACUAUGACAGCCAGGAGGACGAAGACUACGAGGAAGAUGAAAUGGAUACGAUGACAGAAGAGCAGCGCAUGGAGGAAGGGCGGCGAAUGUUUCAGAUAUUCGCAGCUCGCAUGUUCGAACAGCGUGUCCUGACAGCCUAUCGGGAAAAGGUUGCGGAGCAAAGGCAACAGAAGUUGAUCGAAGAGCUUCUGGAGGAGGAAACUCGGAACGAGCAACGAAACGCCAAGAAAGCCCGAGAAGCCCAGAAACGGAAGGACAAGAAGAAGCUCCAGAAACAAGCCAAGGAGGAGGAACGGGCGCGUCGAGAAGCCGAGAAGGCCGCAGAGGAAGCAGCUGCUAAAGCGGAGCAGGAAAAGAAGCUCGAGGAACAGCGGAAGAAACGAGAGGAGCAACGCAAAAAGAAAGAAGCUGAUCGAAAGGCCCAGGAAGAGGAGCGUGCGCGCAAAGAGGCUGAAAAACUGCGACGGCAGCGCGAGGAACGAGAGCGGCAGGCAGAAGUGGAGCGAAAACAGCGAGAAGAGAAGAAACGACGCGAGGAAGCUCGACGGAAGGAGAAAGAAGAGCGUGAAUUGCGGGAGAAGAAGGCUAAAGAGGAACAGCUCCAAAAGGAUGCAGCAAAGGCUGAGGAGGCAGCCAAGGAACGCGAGAAGCGCGAGUAUCAGGCCAAGCGGACAUCACCGUUUUCCUCAAAUCAGCAUCCGCAGAUCUCCUCUUCGCCCGUCGCUCAUUCACCACACAUCCAGUCAGGGAUACCUGUGGUACCUAAAGCUCCUACUCCUGCCAGGCCCCGUCAGCCAUCCCAACAAGACUCACAUACAUCCUCUCCGCACUCUCAGCCUGCUAGCACAGAUCCCUCGCAGGCCUCUGUCUCGCCACGUUCUAUGCCCAUUUCUCAGUCAUCGGGAGCCUCCAGCGUAGCGUCGAAGCAUGUCCAUGGACUGCAUGCAAUGUUUCACCAGCCGCAGCCCUCUGCGCCACUGUCUCCUCUCGGUAGGUCUAUCCCGCCAGGAUUUUCAGCCAUGAACGGACUGCCUCCCGGUCCCCCAGGCUUAACUGGCAUUUUGGGCCGUCCACCAAUGGCUCAUGAGUUGCCCGUCUAUCCGCCGCACUCUGGGCCUUUCAUCGGCCAGUUCCGAGGCUAUCCGACACCCAACGGGAUUCCGGCGGCUCCUGGCAUCAACGGCGCGCGCGCGAUGCCACCUGGGCGAGGUUUCCCACUUGAAUCAGCACAUGGGUUUCCAUUCCAUGGCCAGCAACAGAUUCCCGGCGCAUUCUCAGCCCAGCAGAGCGGACUGCCGCAUGGCCACUCCCGGCAACCCUCCGGUUCUUUUGAGCGAUCUCCACUGGAAGGUCAAACACAGCCGAUGCCAAUUUCUCGACCUAGUCCGAUCAAACGACCUUCCAGCACCCAGCAAGAUCAGCGGAAGAAUGGUGAUCGAACUGCGCAGCGAGAUGUGGACGACUUAAGCGCACAUCUUGGCAGUAGUGCUCUUCUUGAUGACACCGAUGUUCCGUUCGCGUCCACCCUGUCCCAGUCACUACCUGGUGCAACUGCCCCAGGCCCUCUUCCCGGGCCGGCACGAGCCAGUUUUGGUGGACCAUCGUUGUUUCCGGAUCCUCUUAGUACGAGUGGCUGGUCUAAUAACGCGUUCGGAUCAGGAGUACAUCACCGAGCUCACACCUCAAGGCCUGUUGCCAUUCGAUUGCUGGUGAUCCAAGCAUGCAAACAGCUCAACACCAUGAGUCCCUUCAAGGGUGCCGAUGGCUUCCAUGACGUGAGCCUUGUUCUUCGUCAGGUGGAGCAACUGCGGCCACAAAACGAGCCGUCGAUCUCCCUAAAGGAAAUGCUGGACAUAUGCGAUACGGAGGGCAGCACGCAAAAUGGAGGUGGUUCAUUCUCGACCAAGAAGGAUGAAACUGGGGAGUUCGUCAAAUUCGAGCCGGAUAACAACAGUGCUGCUUCAGGUCACAGAGGCAGCAUUGUUCCUGGGGAGAUUGGCAGUCCCGUCCCAAGCAGUAGUCUGCCAGCGUUUGGCGGCAUCGGCACACCGUCAGUGCUGCGGCAGUUUUCUUCUCCACCAAUGGGUUUCUAA